AUGAAUUGUUUAGUGUUGUGCGUAUUGGUUGGUCUGAUUGCAAUGACAUCGGCACAAUGGAAUAAUCAGCAACAAUAUCCAAAUGUGUAUCCACAACUUCCUAACCAGCCAUUCCCUAAUCAACCAAAUAUAAACGAACUUUGCAGACAACCUGGUGCUAACUGUAAGAUUGACAGUCGAUUUGCCGAAGAAUCGUCAGUCACUGACCCGAGAGGAAACACAUUUAAGUAUACAAGAGUUUGCGAUGAUCGAGGUUGUUAUGACAGAAAAGUUUACAAUGGAUCAUCAGCCAUAUCAGCCAGUUACAUUUUAAUCACAUUCUGUGCUGUUAUCAUCGGUGUAAAAGUUUACUUCCAUUAAAUAUUCAUUCACAAUGACCUUGAAAAUUUAACACGUUACCACACAACUUUAUACAUCCAAACAAGAAUGAAGUAGAGAAAAACCAUGUAAAGUCAAAAUCAUUAUCACCACGAUUCUCAGCCGACCCAAAUGAUGAAAUAUUUUUUAUAAUUGUUAAGCUUUUUGCCCUUACCCCAAAAAUUAUAAAAUAAUUCCUAAUCAAUGUAAUUAAUAAUUAAUGGUAGAUUUUCUACGAUCAAUAAUAAUUUUUAAUAACAUUUUAACAUUUUUAUGUAUAAGAGAAGAACGAAAUGUAAUUGUAAUGAAAGACAAAUAAAGUUCUGCUAAAAUUCAAGUGGAAACAAACAAAUUAAUCAGUUUUGUUUGACUUUUCCGCUGAUUAUCAAUUUG